AUGUCAUUGAUGUGUCAUCUUUUUCAAAAACAAGUGCCGAUCUUGCACUGUUGCAUUCGAACAUGUAUUGAUCUUCUCGUUCAUGAUAAUGUGGAAUUACGAAAGUAUGCCGUCAAAAGCAUUGUGGCAAUUUGUCGGUUGCAAAAGCCUCCUCGUAUUUAUAUAGAAAAAUCUCUGAACGAAAUUCUUCAGAAUCAAGGUCAAUCAUCAGCAACUGUCAUCAACGAUGAAUAUCAUCCUGGAGAUCGAGAAGAUAAUGCAUGGGUAACAGUCGAUGGCUAUGUUCCACCUGAAACACAAAUCGAAUGGGAACAAGCCUGUUUCUUGGACAAAUCAUUCCAUGGCUACAACACAUGGCCCAAGAUGAUCAAAUAUUCAAUAAAUAAACGAGAACGUUACUCACAAAAUAAUAUGACGGAACAAGCAGCUAUCUUAUAUGAUCGACUUAUGGAUAGAAAUUUCGUUAAACAAUUGGCACAGUUCCUGAUAUUGGGCGACGACGAUGAUAAUGAUCAGACAAUGUUCGAUACAACUCGUUUUGCGAUGUUCAAGGUAAAUACAACGAAUAUGGAAGAUAAUUGUACCAAAUCCAAAACGAUUUUGGGAAGUUUUAUGUAG